ACCUGGCAACACUGCGUACUUGAGUCAGCUUAGCAGUUUGCAGCUGAAGGUGACGAGGUGUCUUCUUAACUUGUCUCUUAGCAAUCUUUAUCGUAAGAAAUAUAAGAUAAAAUAUGGCGAGCAAGACUGCUAUCGUGCUCCUGGCUGAGGGGGCUGAGGAAAUGGAAGCUGUCAUCACCAUUGACACACUGGGAGGGCGGAUAGGUGGUGUUACUGUAACAGUGGCAGGGUUGACUGGUGCUGCUCCUGUAUGCUGCAGCAGAGAUGUUGUGAUCCAGCCAGAUGCUUCCCUUGAUGAUGCUGUAACUAAAGGCCCAUAUGAUGCUGUAGUUCUCCCAGGGGGUCUAAAGGGAUCUGAAAGUUUGGCACAGAGCUCUGCUGUGAAGUCCAUUUUGGCUGAACAAGAAAAAGCUGGCAGAGUGAUUGGUGCAAUUUGUGCUGCCCCAGCUCUUGCAUUAACUGCUCAUGGCAUUGGUGAAGGUAAACGUGUGACGUGUUAUCCAGCACUGAAGGAUAAACUGUUGAAUUCUGGCAAACAUACUUUCCAAGAGGAACGUGUGGUAGUUGAUGGUCAACUCAUCACAUCCCAAGGACCUGGAACAGCUUUUGACUUUGCUCUGGCUCUUGUUGAGAAACUGAUGGGUACAGAGAAAAGAGAAGCAACUGCGAAACCCAUGUUGCUUCUUUAAUUAGUGCUGCAUAUAUUGAUAAGAGACUUCAUCCACACACAUCAAUUAUUGUUGCAAUGCCAGAUGUUCUGUAUUUCUCUUAACUGCAUAAACAUUUAAAUUGAAUGCCUUGAAUAUGAAGAAUGGAUAAAGUUUAGGGAAACCGAACAUCAAUAUUACUGUAUUUACUGUAUAUUUGCUUUAUUUUGGUUUCUAAUUUUUAUUCACAAAUUAAUUUUGUUUUUAGGUUAAUUUGUAGUACAUUCAUUUAAAUGAGAGUGAUAUUUAAAAAGUGUAUUACUGAGCAAAGCAAACCUUAAUUAUUUGUGAAAAAGAGAGAGUUCCCUCAUUGGUGGUGGUGAUUUGCCAGAAAUAUAUCCAACUGCUAUAUUUUUACCACAUAUAUAUUGUUAAAAAGUUAGUUUACAGUACUCCCCUAUCAAUGUUUUCUGAUCCACCUAUUUUCUAGAUUCUCAGUAAUACAUCUGGGAGAAUAAAACUGGCAUUAAUAGUUACAAAAGUCAUUAAGACUACAGUACAGUAUCUGCAAGAUAUUAAAAAAAAUGUUUACUUAACCUUGAGAUACUGCAAUUGUAAAUGAAGCAAAAGGUCAAGUAGUAUAGUCAAAAGUUAAACCAAAUCCAAUUACCCUGUAUUAGUAUUAUUAACUUGGUAGGAUGAUAUUCUUUUUGUCAGUGACUGUAUUCUUUAAUUCAAUACUGUACUUGUUUUUUUAAAUUAGGGGAAUAUGCAAGCAGUUUAAUGUUAGAAUAUUGUACAGUGGUCCCUCGGUUAACUAACACAAUUCGUUCCA